AUGGGAAUGAAAGAACAAUUAAAUAUGAAAGGUCAAUUUCAUAAAAUAAAAUUAUUUCCUUUAUUAAUUACGACAUUUGUGAUAUUUUUAUUCGCAAUACCGUAUUAUAUUAAUGAUUAUAAUGAUAUAUUGUCAUCCAGCUAUGACGUUAAUGAUAAUGAAUCUACAACGACUCCUCUUACUAAUAGUCCGGAACAAAUUAUGCAAAAUAUGUCAUGUCCACAUUAUAAAAUGGCAUUAUUUAUUUUCUCGGAAAUGGAAGAUCUUAACCAACGUAUGUUAAUGAGGGAAGAAUUAUUUGGUAUCACAGAUAAUAUAAUUCCAUGUAUGAAACAAGAUACAAAUGUAAUUUAUUAUAAAUUCUUUGUAAGAAAAUUAAAAAAAGUUAAUGGAAAAGUUCUAAAAUUAUUUACAUCUGAAAAAAUGGAAUAUUAUCAUGAUAUUGUUGAAAUUGAUGUUGAACAUAGUGAUGAUUGGCAUCAAACUUUGCUCAAAUACGCUCAAUCAUUACAAGAAAAAUGUAUAACAUUCGAUCAUUUGAUAUUAAUUGAUGCAUUUACUAUGAUUAAUUUAGAAAAAAUCCAGGAUAAAAUUUUAUCCUCGAAAAUAGAAAAUCGAUUAAUCUCGAAUACUCGAAAAAUGGUAUGGGGAUCAUUCGAUUCUAACAGAACAGAAAAUAUGGCAGUAAUAUUAGGAUCAUCGGCAAUACGUCCAAUUCUCGAAAAUUCAAAUUAUAAGAUGAAUUAUACAAGUCUUAUUUCAAGUCUAUAUCUUUAUUAUUAUAAUAAUCCAAAUAAAAUAAUUCCGGGCGAUUUAAUUUUUAUUAAUGAUCCAAUAAGUAUAAUAGAAUGGCCAAAUUCGAUUAGUAGUAUUUCUUGUGUUGAUUGUAUUGUUGCCAUGGGUCAUAUUUACCAAGAAUGGGAAAUUAGAAAUAUUAUAAAAGAAUUUAAUAUAUCAACAACACUCCCUUGUAUUGCUCGUUAUGAUCUUAAAAUGUAUUCAAAUGAGACGGUAAAUAAAUUAAGACCAAAUAUAGCAGUGAUAACAAGUAGUUUCUUAUAUAAAGAUAAUUGUAUGUUAGAAGCUGCUCCUCUUUCUGCAAAAAAUAAACGUGAAUAUGCUGAAAGGCAUGGUUAUGCUUUCGUAGCUCGUUCAACUGAAUAUGAUCAACAAUAUUAUCGAAAGAGAAAACCAGUUUGGGGUAAAGUUGAUGCAGUAGAAAAAGUUUUAGCUUAUUAUGAAUGGUUAAUAUGGUUAGAUAUGGAUGCUUUUUUUGCCAAUAGAUCUUUUUCUAUUGAACAAUUAUUGGAAAAAUGUGAAAAAAGAGCUGGUGGAAAGAAAGAAUUUGAAAAAAUUAAUUUUAUUGUAGCCAGACCUAUAGGUGAUAAUAUGAUUAAUGCUGGUGUUUUCUUAAUUAGAAAUAGUGAUUGGGCUAGAGAUUUUCUUAGAAAUGGUGUACAAUCUAGAUAUGAUCGUGCUAAUACUGGUAUGAGAGAACAACAAGCUAUGCGUGAUGCUAUCCAAUUACCAAAUUGGAAACCAAACGUUUUAUAUCUGAAUCGGGAUGAUCAUACGAUAAAUACUUUCCCUGAUAGAUAUAUUCGUGGUGAUUUUAUUGUACAUUAUGCUCCUGAACUAGGUUGUCCUGCUGAUCCUGUACUUAAAGGUUUAUCAAAACUUAAAAUGUUGGAAGAAAAUCCUAAUGCUAAUAUAACGUUACCAUUUUAA